AUGUGGUCUCCAGGUCUCUUCUUGUCCAGACGUUUGUCCCACAGAGCUGCUCAGGCUGGUCUGCUUGUGGACGUGGAUGGUGUCCUUCUUCGUGGUCGCUCUCCACUUCCUGCGGCGCUCAGAAUGUUCCGGAAGCUCCAACGGCCAAAUAAGGACUUCUUGCUUCCUGUGGUGUUUCUGACCAAUGCAGGAAGCUGUCAUCGCGAGCAGAGAGCCAAUCAGCUGUCAGAGCUGCUGCAGGCCCAGGUGCGUCCUGAGCAGGUUGUCCUAUCAUAUUCUCCACUGACGAUGAUGAAAAGUCUUCAUCACAAACACGUCCUGGUGUCAGGCCAGGGACCAAUCAGAGACAUCGCCCAGAGGCUGGGCUUUCAGAAUGUGGUGACUGUCGACGAUGUGAGGAAACACUGUCCUCUGCUGGACGUGGUGGAGCACAGUCCCAGGCCAGCUCAGUCCCAACUGCAGAAGCUGCCACAGAUUCAGGCACUGCUACUGUUCGGAGAACCCACCCACUGGGAGAGUCACCUUCAGAUCAUGAUUGAUGUCAUCUUGACCAAUGGGAGUCCAGGCUCUGCCCACUUGCCUCCAGGUUCCGCCCCUCAGUUACCAGUCAUCGUGUGUAACCCGGACUUCCUGUGGAAGAGCUCUGCCCCCUCCCCCAGGUUUGGACAUGGAGUAUUCGUGCUGUGUUUGGAGGCGGUCUUUAAGCGGUUGUCAGGGGCGGAGCUUCAGAUUGAGGCGUUGUUGGGGAAACCCAGCAUUCUGACCUAUCGCUAUGCGGAACACGUGCUGACAUCUCAAAUGACAUCAUCAAACCCCACCGCCAAACUCAAGACCAUCUACGCCAUCGGGGACAAUCCUCUGACUGACGUUUAUGGAGCCAACCUCUACGACCGCUUCCUCAAACACAAGGCCGUGACCGCAGAGGUACGCAGUGUCUCCAUGGCAACAGGAGGAGGUGGAGUCAUUGAAGAAGAGGCGGAGCUGGUUUCUGGGGCCCGGGAGUGUCGCUCUGUGCUGGUGUGCACAGGUGUUUUCGACCCCACCUCUGCCCCACCCCCCUCAGACCAGUGGGCAGGACUGGAGGCGGAGCUUCUGCAGCCACGACACACGGUUCAAGAUGUGGAGGAGGCGCUGGAGCUGAUCCUGUACAGAGAGGGCAUCAGGAGUAAUCAUGAUUAA